AUGGCGCUGGGUUCAGACAGGUCAUUUUUUGGAACUUUUUCUGAUUCAGAGAUUUGGAUGGUGAAGAGGAAGAGUGCAGGAUUUUGGUGUCUGAUUGCAGUUUUAUUUGUGGCAGAUUGCCAUGGUGAGCUAAAACUCGAGAAAGAACUACAAAUUGCUCUUGACACAAACGAUAUCAAAUCCUCCCUAUACUACAAAAACAAACUGAUAUCCCUGCCGAUCUCCAAGGAAGCUGGCACAGAGCUGUGGCAGCACUGGACGGAUCAGGCUUUUUCUGGACUGAUUUCAGCGAUUGCUACUAGAAGAUUAAAUUUAGUGGAGAAAUAUGAUAAGAAGAAGCAUGAAAAGUGUUCUGCAAAGGCUCAUGAUAUCACUAGUCACGCAAAAUGUCUUGUAGAUUUGGAGAAUGAUGGAUUGAAAAAUCGAUUACUCAAGAGAAAAAAAGGCUUGCAGCUCAAUUGAAAGAAAGUCCAGGACAACCAAGAAAUCAGAUAAAUUGAAGAAGCUAAAAAAUAUGGAAGCCCAUGAAGCAUCCAAAAGUGCUGAGAAAACUGGGAAGAAACGCAGAAGAGUGCUGAAAGAAUCUUGGCUAGGAUCAUUCAAAACAGUGAGAAGGGCAAAGCGAUCUAUCAUCAGGAAUGCGGAGAGCUACACAUUGAAAUCGGACUUCGACAAAUCCCCAUUCUCCAUUAUCACCAAACAUUUGACAAAUUCUGUGAAAGCCCUGAAAAAGAAGGAUCGUAUAUCAAAAUGGCAGGAUAUAAUUCUACGGAUCCAGAAAGAAAGUUCACAAUUGAGAAAACGAAAAGAAAUCGAGAAUCUUCAAAGAAAACGGAUCAGAGUUUUUCAAGAAGCUUAUAGUAGGCGAGGGAAAUCAAGAAUAAGGAGCGGGUUUCUGAAGGAUUUGGCAAGCAUGGAGGAGCAUAUCGAAGAUGAGGAGCUUAGAGAGAUGUUCCAUCAAAAAAGUUCAAAUAUGACCGAUGACGAGAAAAUUAUGAUGGUUCCAAUGAAAAUUAUUAGAGAAGCUGCCAAGCUUGGUUUGGGUAUUACUGGCCAGAAUACCACUGAUUUUGAAAGAAAAACUCUGAAAUUGAUCAGCCCAAGAUUUAUGAGUGUUUUGCCGGACAAUUCAAAGACAAACGAAAUAGAUCUACUCUCACCUUCGCUAUUUUCCCUACAUGAUUCUGGCUCAGAAUUGGAACAGAAGACUUCUUUCAAAUCACUUUUAGGCUCUGCGAUGACUGACACCGACACCCAGAACUUCUUAGAUUUACUGGUAGAAGCCACUGGAGUAGCUGAGGCCGUGGAAGACGCUGAGCACAAAUUGAUUGAUGCUCUGAGAAAGAAAGAUGAUGCGAUGGGAAGAGGUCCUGAUGGUUAACCACUUUAUUUUACGAAAGAGAAUAUCACAGAAAGAUUUCCAUCAGAAGCGAGGAAGAUAGAGUUAAUGGAGAAGUUGGAUAAAACCUAUUCAAUUGAACAACUGAAAGAUAUGAAUCAAACCGGGUAUACUGUAUUGACACCGAAGCAAAUGCAACUGAUGUACGGAAAACAGUCUCCGUUCAAGAAUCCAAAGUUAUUGAGGACUUAUAAGAAUAUGUCAAGAGCAGAGAUUCAUAGAUCGAUUCACAGUACGAUUAAGGAUGUGGCAGAUGAAAAGUUGAAAUUCGAGGUCCGCCAAAAAGACAUCGUGCUCUCCCCAAUCGUUCUGACCCCAAUCAUCAACAACCCUGUGCUAACAUCUCAGCCUCUUAUCCUCUCCCCGGCUCUCUUUGUACCCUUGAUUCAAUCUCCAGCAGUCUUCGGCGCAGUCAUCCUAUCACCUUGGGUAUUUGUCCCUGUAAUCAUUUCCCCCAGAAUUUUGAGCCCGGUAGUUCUUACCCCAUUCCUCUUUGCUCCAAUCGUUCUAUCACCCCUUGCUCUGGUCCCAGUGAUAUUGUCCCCUGGGAUCUUAAAUCCUUUUAUCCUAUCACCUCUGGUUCUGUGCCCCUUUAUAUUGUCCCCUCAAGUCAUGACUCCGUUAAUUCUCUCUCCUUUCGCUCUAACUCCCUUGAUCCUUACUCCACUAUUAUUAUCCCCAAUUGUCUUAUCACCUUUUGUGUUAUCUCCACAAGUGUUAUCACCCCAGUAUGUCACUGGAAUUAUCUUGUCCCCGUAUGCUCUGUCGCCGGCGAUUGAGUCGAAGGGUGAAAUGGUGACGGUUUUUGCAUCUCCGAGCUGGCUUAGCUAGAU